GUUAAAUGUCUAAGUUACUGUGCAUUGAUCCUCUGGGGAAAAAAAACUGUUUUAAAACCCAUAAUCUUAAUGGUUUAUAAAUAUAUAUUUGUGUCUGUUGUUCCAACUGUUUUGGCUACUAAAGUGGGAGUUUAGAAUACGAUAUAGAUAGCGGUCUCCGUUGUUACAAAGUAUUGGAACGACAUAAUGAAAAGUGAUGUUUCGCUGAAUGGGAUGCACCGGUCUUUUGCUGAACACCGGUGUAGAUUCCUCUCGGAAUGUUUGUUAGACGCGUUUAGCCUCAUCAUGUAACCUACAUAACUUUAGUUGAUCAACAUUAUAUUUGGUAGGCUAAUAUGGCCGUACACCGACAUCGACAAAACAGAGAAGCUUCUUCAGUGUGACAGCAGCUUAGUUUUAAAGUGGUCACUCAUAGCCUAUUUUUAAAGUUGAAACAAAACGAAAUUUGACUAAAAUUAUUUAAUAUGGUUUCAUAUCUCAUAGUGAUGCAACAUUAUAGUUUAUUUUCUUAUUUAAUCCUAAUGCUCUCUCUGGAGCAAUGCAUUGUAAUACAUCAUGGUUAAUGUAUAAAAUAGAAAAAAUAAAAGUGCUGCUUAUCUUCAUUUGAGCUAAACAUUGAUUAGUCAAGGCAUGAUGAUGGUAUGACACCAGACCAGUUUAUGUACCUAUUUAACUUGAGACAAUGCAGUAGCCUUGAGCGAGAACUUCAUAUAGGUAUGUAAAACCCAGCUGUGGAAAUGGGCCAAAGUGGCAGGCUUGUUAUAAGCUUCUCAGACACUAUUAGAAUACGAAGGUCAAAGUUCUCAUAGUCCUCUCAGGCAUGUACUUGUAGCUCCCAGGAUAAAUUCAGUUAUUAGGCUGAAGUUAUUAACUGUCUUGACUGAGUCCUCAUAAUUACUGUCUAUUAGCUUUAAUUAAAGGGAUGAGGUACUUUGCCUCCUGCUGCGUACCUAGUAGUUGCACAGGUUCACCCAAAAUGUAUCAUAAACUCAACAUGAAAGCAGAAAAACACAUCCGUUAUUCUCAACCUUUGCAGUGUCCACAGACCUCAUCAUGUGUCGGUCAUAGGCAUAGUGUGACUGUCAGUUCUUAAUACCACUGCACUAAAACCAAAAUGUGUAACAUCCCAGUGUUUGCAGAUACACACCAAAAAAUAAAUAUAUAAAUAGUUUAUUAAUUAAAUUAUUAUGAAGGACAUGUCGUCAGUGUUCUUUUUGCAGUCGUUCCACACUGUAAUCUAUCCGUUAUUUCCUGAGGGGCAUAAACCCCUGUUUGUGUCAGACUGCAGCCUGGCCUAGAUGUCUCACCUGGAUUUCAGCGCUCAGUAUUGGAGCACCCACAGCCUUCUGAAUUCCUGUGGCCGUGGAGCAAUGUUGAAGGAAGAUGUGUACAGAGGAGUGGCAAACCCUGCGCCAGGCCGGCAGGAGGAGGACCAUGGCCCUGAGCAAUGCCAAUGGUGACCUCCUGCUCCUCAGCAAUGGCAGCCUGCCACCCAGCGUCACUACGAUGGCCACUGCCACCAGCGGCCCAGAGGCCAGUGCGAGCCUCAGCAGCACGGGAAGAGGGGACGUCAGCGUUGUUUCCACACCCAGAACACAGCAGAGGCAGAGGCACCAACCAAGGCCAACACCACCGCACAAGGAGCCCCAGCAGAGAUCCAGAGUGAGUCAGAAUGGAGGCAACAUCAAGCAGAACGGUUCCCUAAGGGCCCCUUCCUCUUCCUCCUCCUCCUCCUCCUCACACCUCACAGACUCUCAAAGGUUGUCCAAGCUCCUGCCCUCCACCCUCUCCACAACCUCUUCCCCCUCUCCUCCUCCACUGUCUCCACCUCCCCCGUGCUGCCACCGCUGCCCAUUCCACCCCCCCCUGUGCUGCCAUGGCAACCAGCAGGAGUGCCACAUCUUCCAGACCCCUGCCCUGCCCCUUCACCCGGGCUCCUGCUGCCUGCAGGCCUCUCCUCCAUCCCUCUGUUUACACCAUGGCUGGCAGGAGCACCUCCAGAACCAGCCCAAUGUGGCUGGCCUCAGCCCUGCAAGGCCUUUUCGGUUCCCCAAAAGCUAUGCAGAGCUGAUUGCUGAUUGGCCAGUGGUGGUGCUGGGGGUGUGUACAGUCCUCAUCGUGGUGUGUGCCCUGGUGGGUAUUCUGGUGCCAGACCUGCCAGACUUCUCAGACCCCUUACUGGGAUUUGAGCCACGAGGCACGGCCAUAGGCCAGCGAUUAGUCACAUGGAAUAACAUGGUGAAAAACACAGGGUACAAAGCAACCCUGGCUAACUACCCAUUCAAGUACGCCGACGAGCAGGCGAAAAGUCACCAAGAGGACAGGUGGGCUGAAGAUCACUUUGACAGAGAUAAAAGACAAGCAGAAUGGGACUUCAGCAAAGACAGUUUCUUCUGUGAUGUUCCAGGUGACAGAUACUCCAGAUUAGUAUUCACAUCUGCAGAGGGGAAGAACCUUUGGAAUAUACAAGCAAUUAAAUCCAUGUGCAAUUUGGACAAUACACGGGUGCGCUCCCACCCUCAGUAUUGGAGCCUGUGCCAGCGCACCACUGACGCCUCCUGCUGUCCCAGCUGGACCCUGGGAAACUACGUGGCUAUCCUCACCAACAAGUCCUCCUGCCAGAAGAUCACAGAGCGCGACGUGUCACACACCCUCAAGAUCCUGCGCUCCUGCGCCAAGUACUACCACAACGGAACGCUGGGCCCCGACUGCUGGGACAUGACCACACGUAGGAAGGACCAGUCCAAGUGCACCAACGUCCCACGCAAGUGCACCAAGUACAACGCCGUUUACCAGAUCUUCCACUUCCUGGUGGACAAAGACUUCAUGAGCCCAAAGAACACCGACUACCCUAUCCCCGUCCUGAAACACGGCAUGCUGUUCUCCCCCACAGAGAAAGGGGAGACCAUGAUGAACAUUUAUCUGGACAACUUUGAGAACUGGAACUGCUCGGACGGCGUCACCACCAUCACAGGGAUUGAGUUCGGUAUCAAACACAACCUGUUCCAGGACUACCUACUGACGGAUACCGUGUAUCCGGCCAUAGCCAUAGUGAUUGUGCUGGUUGUCAUGUGUGUGUACACACGCUCUGUGUUCAUCACCCUGAUGACCAUGAUCGCCAUCAUCAGCUCCCUGAUCGUGUCCUACUUCCUGUACCGUAUGGUGUUCGACUUUGAAUUCUUCCCCUUCAUGAACCUCACAGCCCUCAUCAUCCUGGUGGGCAUCGGGGCAGACGAUGCCUUCGUCCUCUGUGACGUGUGGAACUACACCAAGUUCGACAAGCCCAAUGCUGAGCUGUCGGAGACGGUUAGCAUCACUCUGCAACACGCGGCCCUCUCCAUGUUCGUCACCAGCUUUACCACGGCCGCCGCCUUCUACGCCAACUACGUUAGCAACAUCACCGCAAUCCGCUGUUUUGGCGUCUACGCCGGCACGGCCAUCUUGGUUAACUACAUACUGAUGGUAACCUGGCUGCCAGCCGUGGUGGUGCUCCAUGAGCGUUACCUGCCCAACAUCUUCACCUGCUCUAAACCUCCCCCACAGCAGAGUGGGUUCUGCACCCGCACCCUCUGGGCCAACCUGUGCCAGAAGGCCAGCAAGUGCCUGUUCACCGUCUCCGAGGCCUCCCGGAUCUUCUUUGAGAAGGUGCUGCCCUGUAUCGUGAUCAAGUUGCGCUACCUCUGGCUCUUCUGGUUCCUGGCCUUCACUGUGGGAGGGGCAUACGUGGUGUGUGUCAACCCCAAGAUGAAGCUGCCCUCCCUGGAGCUCUCGGAGUUCAAGGUGUUCCGCUCCUCCCACCCCUUUGAGCGUUAUGACGCUGAGUACAAGAAACUGUUCAUGUUUGAGAGGGUCCACCAUGGGGAGGACCUGCACAUGCCCAUCACCAUCAUCUGGGGGGUCACCCCCGUGGACAACGGAGACCCCCUCAACCCUAAGAACAAAGGCAAGCUUAUGCUGGACAACACCUUCAACAUCGCCAGCCCAGCCUCCCAGCUGUGGAUCCUCAACUUCUGCCAGAGGCUAAGGAACCAGAGCUUUGUGUUCCAGUCGGAGGAGCAGGACUUCACCAGCUGCUUCAUUGAGACCUUUAAGCAGUGGAUGGAGAACCGGGACUGUGAAGAGUCCUCGGUCUACCCUUGCUGCAGCCAGUCAACAUUCCCCUACAAGCAGGACAUCUUUGAGUUGUGUAUCAAGAGGGCCAUCAUGGAGCUGGACCGCAGCACCAGCUUCCACCUGGACAGUAAAACCCCCGGGCCUCGCUUCGACAUCAACGACACCAUCCGGGCCAUUGUCCUGGAGUUCCAGAGCACCUACCUGUUCACACUGGCCUACGAGAAGAUGCACCAGUUCUACCACGAGGUGGACACCUGGAUCCAGGAGGAGCUGAAGAACGCCCCGGCCGGGCUGAAUUACGGCUGGUUUGUCAGCAACCUGGAGUUCUACGACCUGCAGGGCAGCCUAUCGGACGGCACUCUCAUCGCCAUGGCGUUGUCCGUGGUGGUGGCCUUUGUGGUCAUGCUCCUCACCACCUGGAACAUCAUCAUCAGCCUCUACGCCAUCCUCUCCAUCGCUGGCACCAUCUUCGUCACGGUGGGCUCGCUGGUUCUGCUGGGCUGGGAGCUCAACGUGCUGGAGUCAGUCACCAUCUCAGUGGCGGUGGGUCUGUCGGUGGACUUCGCAGUGCACUAUGGAGUCGCUUAUCGCCUCGCCCCUGACCCUGACCGUGAGGGGAAAGUCGUCUUCUCCCUCGGCCGGAUGGGUUCUGCUAUUGCCAUGGCGGCACUCACCACGUUUGUCGCCGGGGCGAUGAUGAUGCCAUCCACAGUGCUGGCAUACACCCAGCUGGGCACCUUCAUGAUGCUCAUCAUGUGCAUAAGUUGGGCCUUCGCCACCUUCUUCUUCCAGUGCAUGUGCCGUUGCCUGGGCCCCCAGGGCACCUGCGGACAGAUCCCCCUGCCCAAGAGGUUUCAGUGCCAGGCUUUCAAAGAGGGCACCACCAACAUCCCCUCGCCCCAGGGCAAGCAUGGCACCAAGUACCAACUGGACAGUCGAGGAGGGGAGGUGGAGCAUGAGCAUUACGAGCUGGAAUCAUUAACUUCAAACCCUAGGAAUGAGGAGAAACCUGCAGAGGAACAGGAGGUGUGCACCCAGCUUUAUAAUGGAAUAGCCCCCCACCCUGCCCUCUGCACACACAUCCCCUUUAAGAGCAAGGCAGAGCCCGGCAGAGGGCCCUGCUCUGAAAAUGGACUGGGCAUACUGGCCACCAACCCCACAUCCAAAUGCCAGUACUCUCAUAACACAACCUGCACAUGUGGGGAACCCCCUCCUCCUCAGCAGUCUAUGGGUAUGCAGUGGACCCCCCACCCAUGCACUCAAACAACCCAGGACUCCCCAUGCCCCACUCCUCAGUUCCCCCUCACAGGCAGCCAUGCCAACAAAGGCCAGAACCUCCUGUCUGCUCUGGAUUCAGUCUACAAACCCAUAGAUUGCCGUAUGCACUAUGUACACUGUCCCCCAGCUCACUUCCACAACUGCACCCCGGGCAGGGUGCCCAGACAGGGCCCUCACAGCUGCCACCUCAGAAACUACUGUGUUCACACUGUCCCCGUCCUGGGUGGCCUCCCCAGGGACCAGAGCUCUUCCCCAGACCCAGCUGGGCUGGAGGAGUCACACCGGACUGGAGGGUCAUCUGGCCCUAGUGGCUGUCCUAACACCCCAGCCCAGACUUGGACUCAAGGUCCUCCUGCCUCCCCUCUGGGAUGCACGUUAGCCCACACACACACAGGCUGCUGCAGAGCCAAUCAUGGAACACAGAGGGCGGGAGAGAGAACGGUAAACGCUCCAAGCGAUCAGAGCGUGGAUAAUUAUGUGUCCACCACAACGCAAAAGGGCACUUGUCAUAAGAUGCCCAGCAACCAGGAGAAGCUUGAAACUAGUACUACUCCCAUCACACGGGAAGAAAGUGUUGAAAAGUGCAAACAGAACCCCAAAAAGGAGAGGGCUUCCUCAGCCUCUCCUAAGAAACUCUGUUUUAACAGAACUUUGAAAGUAAAGUGCAAUUCUGUCGAGUUUAAUGUGCCAAAAGCUGAAGCCAGUGUGCCUGCUCUUGCAAUAAAUUCAAAACCCUCAUCUGAAAGUUUAUGUUGACAGCAAAGAGACUUAUAAGAGAAUUCUGAGAUACUAUAUCUAAAGAGUAAACUUUUGUCAUAUCAAGCUAUAAUGUGCAGUGUCCCUGUGCAGUUAAAGUGCUUGGAAUAUUUCGUAGUCCCCUGUAGCUCAGUUGGUAGAGCAUGGCGUUUGCAACGCCAGGGUUGUGGGUUCGUUUCCCACAGGGGGC